CCUGAUAUCAAAGAUUGCCUGGUAGUCCUUUUUCUACUUCCCUGGAGAUUGUGAAAGAUCGAGAAAAGAGAAAUCUGCAGGCGGGUACGGUAUGGUUUCCGAAGAAGUGUCAAUGAGAGCGCAGGAAAAAGGUAGCUCCCUCGCUUCAAGAAUUAUCCUUCGGUGUUUGGCUCGCAAUUCUGAUAGAUUAGUUUCGCUUGAUUACGUCCCGGACCAUUUGAGGCACCAGCUAAGUCAGUUGCUAUGCCAUUCUGGAAGAAUGAGUGGUCAUUUUCUAAAGCUUCUGGUUCAAGGAUCCCCAACAGAGCUUUGGUUGAGGGAUUGUUCUUGGCUUAGAGAGGAAGUGUUUAAAGAAUCUUUUCAGAACUUUGAUCCGAGCGAAUUAACGGUGCUACGACUUGGUACGCACGGGCACUGUCUGCCAGAUUAUGUAUUGCCUGCUACCUUAGCUUGCUCGGCAAACAGUUUACCUGCACUAACCAAUUUAUUAGUUUGUGGUGCAUACCAGCUUACAGACGUUGGACUAAGUGCUCUUGUUUCUUCUGUCCCUGCACUUAGAUCUCUCAUCCUCACCGUGUGCCCCUUUGUCACCUCCUUGAGUAUUAUCACCAUAGCCAACUCAUUGGCUUCGGUCCUGAGAGUAUUGCGUCUUGGGCAUUGCCUAAGGCUUGACGCCAUGAUUAUUCUGCCAGCACUGAAGAAACUUGAAAAGUUGGAGGAUUUGUCUGUAGAAGGCAUUGAAAAUAUUUGUGACGAGUUUAUUGAGGAAUUUAUUAGCAUUCAUGAUCAUAAUUUGAAGGAGCUUAGUUUGGCUGAGUGCAAAGAAGUUGGUAUAGGAUGUUCUAUUCAUAACGCUUGUGAUGCACAACUUUCGUGUAGUUUCAUAACACUUUCUGUUACAUGGAUUCUUUGUUCGUUAUGUUGUUUGUUUUUAAAUUGGUGCAGCAAUUUGACAGAUUCUUCAUGAAGAUAAUUGCUGAGAAAUGUCCCGGCUGACGUGCAAUUGACCUUUGGGACUUGGGACAAAUUGACAGAUGCUUCCUUAGGAUAUCUUGCGAAUGGUUGUCAAGCAAUUCGAAGAUUAAAACUCCACAACCAACAGUUCAGGUUGUUGCCAUAAUGUAGACAUUGAUCUAUCU